CGCGCAUCGCAGUCAUGUCUGAGCAGCCUUACGAUCCUUACAUUCCGUCUGGAUCCAACGGACCCAGCGCUACCGCUGCGCAAAAUGGCGACCCCCGGACGAGGGAGAUCGACAAGGUGAGUUAACGAUGGGCCCCUUUUCCAUGCGAUGUGCUUCCGGAGCGUACUUCGGGAGCGAUUGCAUAGUACUUUGCACCAAGAAAAUGUGGUUGCUGCCGCAUAUCGUCUGCUCUGACGGACUACUGCACGUUAUCGAAUGAGCUGUCUGACUGACGAGCCUGCUUCCUCGAACAGAAAAUCCAAGAAACCGUCGACACGAUGCGCUCAAACAUCUUCAAGGUCUCGGAGCGUGGCGAGCGCCUUGACUCGCUUCAGGAUAAGACCGAUAAUCUGGCAGUAUCAGCCCAGGGCUUCCGCCGUGGCGCCAAUCGGGUGCGGAAACAGAUGUGGUGGAAGGACAUGAAGAUGCGCGUAUGCUUGAUCAUCUGUGUUAUCAUUUUGCUUGUAGUGAUUAUCGUCCCUACUGGUAAGAUCUACAUCUAUAUCCUCGAUCCGCCGUCCACUCGGCAAUUGGUUUCCGGAUGCGCUAACCCUUAAUUUCAACCACAGUGAUCACCACCAGAAAAUAAGUUACGAACGCAGCGACAGUCAUGAUUGUCUUGGGAAUGGAUGACGUUUUUCUUCUUUUUCACUUGGUCCUGGUUUAUCUGUGUUGUGCCC